ACACAGAUUUUAGGUGCAAGUAUGAAAUUUCUCGAUUGGUUGGAGGCUGGUGUUACAAAGAUUUUAGGCGGACCACAACUCCAAUAGUCACAAACGCUCGUCCUGGCAUUGUAGAAUCUGAUCCUCUCUCACUCUCUCUCGCUCUCUUGCUCUCUCGCAGUCAGCAGAUCCUUCUUUUCAGCCUUUCCAGAAUCAACGCCACCGUCAACACCACCUUGACAUUGCAAUACCACCCACGCAGAAACCCGAGCAGACAACACAGAGCAAAUCGCAAUGGCUCGUAACGAAGAGAAAGCGCAGUCGAUGCUCAAUCGAUUCAUCACACUCAAAGCCGAAGAGAAGAAGAAGCCAAAAGAGCGACGUCCAUACCUGGCCUCCGAAUGCCGGGACCUUGCCGAGGCCUCCAAAUGGAGGCAGCAAAUCAUGGGAGAGAUUGGCCGAAAAGUCGCCGAGAUCCAAAACGAAGGGCUCGGCGAGCACCGUCUCCGCGACCUCAACGACGAGAUCAACAAGCUCAUACGGGAGAAGGUUCACUGGGAACGACGAAUUGUUGAGCUCGGAGGCCCUAACUAUGCGAAACACGCCCCUAAGAUGACGGACCUCGAUGGCAACAUCAUCGACGUCCCAAACCCUAGCGGCCGAGGCCCUGGGUAUCGGUAUUUCGGCGCGGCGAAGAAGUUGCCGGGAGUCAGAGAGCUUUUCGAGAAGCCACCGGAGCUGAGAAAGCGGAGGACGAGGUACGAUAUAUACAAAAGGAUUGAUGCGAGCUAUUAUGGGUAUAGGGACGAUGAGGAUGGGGUUCUGGAGAAGGUUGAGGCUCUGGCGGAGGAGAAAAUGAGAGCGGAGGCCGUGGCGGAGUGGAAACGGAUGGAGGAGAUAAGGAAAGAGGCACGGAGGGCUGUGAAGAGUGGGGAGGUGGUGUCGGUGGCGAAGGCGAAGGAGGUUUUGUUUGAAGAGGAAGAAGAGGUGGUUGAGGAGGAGAGGCAGAGAGAAAGGGAAUUACAAGAGAGGAGUGAGAGGGAGAAAGAGUUUGUGGUGCACGUGCCCUUGCCAGACGAUAAGGAGAUUGAGAAGAUGGUGCUGGAGAAGAAGAAGAAGGAGCUGCUGAGCAAGUAUACUAGUGAUGGAUUGUUGGAGGAGCAGACUGAGGCCAAGCAGAUGCUUAACAUUCAGCGCUAGAAUGCAGACACCAAGAAAGAGAAAGAGUAUGUUACUGCGUUUAAUUUGAUUCAUUGACUGAUAAGAAGUUGUUUGUUCUUAUCAAAUUGAUGUUUAAGAUGGAUUUUUGAUGUAUUAAUGUUAGGUUGAAUUCUCUUGGGUUAUUGGUAGGCUUUGUUAAGUAAGUGUUUGUAAGGUAUUUAGAUGGUGGAUUGAGUAAUAGUUAUCCUUGAUGAUGAAACAAGUUAUAUUUGUCACCUUGGAUUUAAUUUCAAGGAGCUAUAAUUAUCAGUUGAUUAUGACAAGUUUUGUUAGCCUUUCUACUA